GUGUGCCUCCCUCGGUUCGUUAAUACAUAUUAUAAGUCACCAAAAAGAAGAAUGGUGCAGGAGCUACUACCCUCGUUAAUCAUGGUACUUGUGCAGUUUGAAUUUGCAGGUAUGAACAUCCUCUCAAAGCUUGCAUUGGAUUCUGGCAUGAAUCCUUACAUCCAUGUUGCCUACCGUCAGAUGUUUGCUUCAGUCACCCUUGGCCCUUUGGCAUAUUUCGUCGAAAGAGGGAAAAGGCCUCGAAUGACUUGGUCGAUUUUUAUCCAAAUUUUCUUCUGUUCGAUUUUUGGGUUGACAGCAAACCAAAUCACAUACUUUGUUGGUUUAAAGAACUCGACGCCAACCAUUGCAUGUGCAUUAUCAAAUCUCCUUCCAGCACUCACUUUUGUCCUUGCCGUCAUCUUCAAGCAAGAAAAUGCAAAGUUAAAGACAUUGGCUGGACAAGCAAAGUUGAUGGGAACAUUAAUCGGGGUGGGGGGUGCCAUGCUCUUGUCUAUGUACCAUGGACCUGUUGUACCAAUUGGUGAAUCAGGCAUUGACGUAAACAUUAUGAAGAAUACGAUCGCCAAAGAUCCGCAUGGAGAUACUCAAGGGAAUCUCAUUGGUCCAAUUUUAAUCAUCAUCAGUGCUUUCACUUGGGCAAUUUGGUUCAUUAUCCAAGCAAAAAUGGGCAACAUUUAUCCAGCACCCUAUUCGAGCUCAGCAUUGAUGAUGGCAAUGGCCACAUUUGAAUGCUCAGCAUUUGGUCUGAUCAUGGAGCCGCACUUGCAUGAAUGGUCUCUGGUUCCAGCCAUCAGGGCCAUCUCAUGUAUUUACUCGGGAGUUGUAUGUUCCGGAAUAGGCGUUUGCAUGAUGUCAUGGUGCAUCGAUAAAAAAGGCCCCCUCUUUGUUUCUGUGUUUAGCCCCUUAUUGUUGGUUAUCGUUGCAGCACUCAGCUGGGCACUUCUACGUGAGAAGUUAUACCUUGGAACACUGCUAGGGUCACUCCUGAUCGUGUUGGGAUUGUAUUGUGUGUUGUGGGGAAAGACCAAGGAAAUGGAAUUUGUGCAAAAGGAAGAAGAGUCACAAGACACAAAGGAGGAUAUGGAAAUGCAGUGAUCAUAUAUUAAACUUUGAAAUAAAAAUAUAUUAAAAUGAAAAUUGGUUUUAAUAUCUAGUUUUUGAGUUCUAUCAUAGGCCUAUUUGUCGUAUCCAUUCACAAUUAUUAAAUAGAAUUACUUAGAGGAAGCUUUGGUAUUUGAUAAAAUUUGUGGACUCCUAAUGUUUUCUAAUUAAUUUCCAUUCUUGUAGUUUAAUAUUAGCUGGUGAAAAAUCAAAAGCACCAUGUUCACUGA